AUGCUGCUCGGUAUUAGGCUCGGCGGUUACUCGGUUUAUAGAAUUGACAGUUGGCUCAACGGUACAUUUGUAAACAGGCUCGGUCGAGACGCCGUGCGUCGCUGCGUUGGGCACGAGUGCGAGCGAGGAGGGGCGGCGCCAGGCGCGCGGAGAAGAGAAGGUGAAGGCGCGGGAGUGACUGGGGCUCGAGGGAGGGCCGGCCCAGCACCUGCACCUGCUCCUGCAGCAGCCACUGCCACUGCCACUGCCACUGCCAGCCGCGCCGUCGGUGAGCGCAUGGCGAGGAGCGCGGGUACAGGGGCAGAGGGGCUGGACGGGCUGCGCGAGCAGGGCGGGGGGAAGGCGGAGGGACGAACGAGAGGGGACGCGCAGCAAGGGUGCACGGAGGGGAGGGAGAGGAGCGAUGGGGGCAGGGGCGAGGGGGUGGUGGCGCAAGGCCUGGCAGCCGGUGCAUGCGAGGAUGAGGCGAGCGCGCGCGGAGGCCGCGGGCAGCUAGAUCGGGGGGCAACAGCGGGGCGGCCACGGGGGGCGAGAGACCACGGGCAGGGGCAGGGGCAGGGGCGGCGGGUGAUUGUGAUAUCGGGGCCCACAGCAGUGGGCAAGUCGCGGCUGGCGCUGGCGGUGGCGGAGGCGGUGCGGGGCGGCGAGGUGGUGAGUGCAGACUCGGUGCAGGUGUACCGCGGACUGGACGUUGGCUCCGCCAAGGCCUCCCCUGACGAGCAGCGCCGCGUGCCACACCACCUGCUGGACAUCCGCGAGCCGUGGCAAGGUGGGGCACGGUGGGGCAAGGUGGGGCACGGCGGUGGGGCGUGGCGAGGUGGGGCAAGGUGGGUGGGGCGUGGUGAGGUGGCUGGGCCGUGCAGUGGGCGAGGGGCAAGAAAGGUGAGGGUAAUGGAAUGGUGCGAGUACGGUGCAGGGUGCGUGCAGGGAGGGAGCUUGAUGAUGGCGAUGAGACACACAGGGCAUCAGCAGCAGCAUGUCAGCAGGAGCAUGUCAGGAGGGGAAUGUCAGGAGGGGAAUGUCAGGAGGGGAAUGUCAGGAGGGGAAUGUCAGGAGGGGGAUGUCAGGAGGGGAAUGUCAGGAGGGGAAUGUCAGGAGGGGAAUGUCAGGAGGGGAAUGUCAGGAGGGGAAUGUCAGGAGGGGAAUGUCAGGAGGGGAAUGUCAGGAGGGGAAUGUCAGGAGGGGAAUGUCAGGAGGGGAAUGUCAGGAGGGGAAUGUCAGGAGGGGAAUGUCAGGAGGGGAAUGACAGGAGGGGAAUGUCAGGAGGGGAAUGUCAGGAGGGGAAUGUCAGGAGGGGAAUGUCAGGAGGGGAAUGUCAGGAGGGGAAUGUCAGGAGGGGAAUGUCAGGAGGGGGAUGUCAGGAGGGGAAUGUCAGGAGGGGAAUGUCAGGAGGGGAAUGUCAGGAGGGGAAUGUCAGGAGGGGAAUGUCAGGAGGGGAAUGUCAGGAGGGGAAUGUCAGGAGGCGAAUGUCAGGAGGGGAAUGUCAGGAGGGGAAUGUCAGGAGGGGAAUACUUUUACGAGGCGGCACACGCUUUUGAGGUUCCUCCCUCCUCCCCAAAAGUAUACUCCCCCUUCCUCCCCCCCCUUUCAUCCCGCUGUGCUGCGCACCCCCAAGAGUUCACGGCAGGCGACUUCUACGAGGCGGCGCGCACUUUUGAGGGUUCACAAGGGGCUAUAUUGUUCACAGCAGGCGACUUCUACGAGGCGGCGCGCGCUGCCAUGGAGGCCGUGGUGCAGGGGGGGGGUGUGCCGGUGGUGGUGGGCGGCACGGGGCUGUACCUCGCAUGGCUGCUGCACGGCCGCCCCGCCACGCCCCCCUCCUGCCCCGUGCUGGAACGCACUGUUGCGGCCGAGAUCGAGGCCGCUGUGAUGCGAGCCAGGCACGCGAGGAGGGCGAGCGGGGCGAGGGGGGAUGAGAGGGGGGAUGAGAGGGGGGAUGAGAGGAGCGUAGGGGCGGUUGGUGGGGCAGAAGAGGCAGUAGGUGGGGGUGAGGGGGGUGCAGCAGAGGGAAGGGCGUCAGCAGCCGACGCAGUGAGGGGCGGCUUGGAGAAAGAGUUGAGUGCUGACGGGAGGAUCGAGGAGGGCAACGAUGGUGUGGGUGUGGGUGUGGGGGGAGGUGGCAUGGUUGCGGGGGGAAUGGAGGAGGAGAUGGGGGGGCAGGGCGAAGCAGGGAGAGAGAGAGAGGCGAGGGAGCGGGGGUGGGCGAGCAGGCAGCCGCGUGUGAGGUAUUCGGAGGAGGGCGACUGGGAGGCCGCUCUGGCUACCCUUGCUGCUGCGGGCGACCCAAUCACAGCAGGCCAGCUGGCACGGAAUGACUGGUACCGGCUGACCAGGGCGUUUGAGAUUCUCAGGGCCACGGGCCGCCCUCGAUCAGAGAUCACCGUGCCUUCCCACGAGGCUAAACACUCCUCCCCGCCUGCUGCUUCCACUGCCUGGUCACCGCCACCAUUCGCCUUCCACUGUUUCUUCCUGGACGCCCCUCGCCUGCCGCUGUACCGCCGAAUAGAUAGACGCUGCGAAGAGAUGGUGCAAGCGCCCCCUAGUCCUCAUGCAUCCAUCUCUUGCCUUCCUCUGCAUGCCCCAUCCUCCCAUGCCCUCUCUCGUGCUCUCCCUCCGCCCGUGCGGCGGGCAGGCGGGCUGCUGGAGGAGAGUGUGGCGCUGCUGCGAGCGGGGCUGCAGCCGGACUCCUCCUCGCCCACACGUGCCAUCGGCUACCGCCAGGCCAUGGCCUUCCUGCUGCACUGCCAGCGCCUCAUGGGGCAAGUGAGGACCAGUGAGGAGCGAGGGCAGCAAGAGCAGCAGGUGGAAGUGCAGCGGGCGCAGGAGGAGGCAGUGCAGGAGGCGCAGCAGUCGGCAUUGCAGUCGGCAUUGCAGGAGGCGCUGGUGGCGUUCAUCUUGGAGUUCCAGCAGGCGUCGCGGCGCUACGCCAAGAGGCAGAUCACGUGGUUCCGCUCCCAACCGCUCUUCCAGUGGCUGCCCGCCCACACGCCCCUGGUGAGAGGAAUUGCCCCCCUGGCGGGUGGGGAGGGGCAGGCGGGUGGGGAGGGGCAGGCGGGUGGGGAGGGGCAGGCGGGUGGGGAGGGGCAGGCGGGUGGGGAGGGGCAGGCGGGUGGGGAGGACCAGGGGGGUGGGGAGGGGAGAUUUGGUGCAGAGGGGGAAGGGGGGCAGGGUGGUGUUGGAGGAGGGGGCAGUGGGGGUGCAUGGGAGAAGGCGGUGAGGCGAGAGCAGCGCAGGGAGAGCAAGGAGGAGGAGCGGGCACUGAAGGGGUAUCGGCCACAGCUGGAGAUUUACUGUGACCAACAGGCCAUCGAUGCCACGCUGGCGUGGAUUCGAGCCAACGUCAUGCCGCACCAACAGGGCUCACAGAGCGAGCAAGGCAACGCUGCUGCUGCAGGUGUGCCCCUUGCAGAGGAAUGA